UCCCUGACUUGACCGUGGUAACCACCAGGGGCGGACGGCUCUCCCGGAAACUCCGCAGCGGCUCCUCAACAUUUCAUCUUCGGGGUUCGGUCCACCAUGGCGGCGCGCGGAUGGAAAUACUGAUGACAGUCCGAAAGAUCGCCUCGAUUUGUACGAUGGGCGCCAAUGCCUCCGCCUUGGAAAAGGAGAUCGGACCGGAACAGUUUCCCGUUAACGAACACUACUUUGGAUUGGUCAACUUUGGCAACACCUGCUACUGUAACUCGGUGCUGCAGGCGCUGUACUUCUGUCGGCCGUUCAGGGAGAAGGUGUUGGCGUACAAGGUGCAGCCGCGUCGUAAGGAGUCGCUCCUCACCUGCCUGUCGGACCUGUUCAACAGCAUCGCCACGCAGAAGAAGAAGGUCGGCGUCAUCCCGCCCAAGAAGUUCAUCUCGCGGCUGCGAAAGGAAAACGAGCUGUUCGACAACUACAUGCAGCAGGACGCCCACGAGUUCCUCAACUACCUCCUAAACACCAUCGCCGACCUGCUGCAGGAGGAGAAGAGCCAGGAGCGGCAGCAGAAUGGGAAGCUGCUGCAGAACGGAGGGGGGGGAAGUGAGGGCGGAGGAGGAGGAGGAGACGGCGAUGGAGGAGGAGGAGGAGGAAAGGAGACGCAACAACAGACUUGGGUCCACGAGAUCUUCCAGGGAACGUUGACCAACGAGACGCGUUGCCUCAACUGUGAAGCUGUCAGCAGUAAAGACGAGGACUUCCUGGAUCUGUCGGUGGACGUGGAGCAGAACACUUCCAUCACGCACUGUCUCAGAGGCUUCAGCAACACGGAAACGUUGUGUAGUGAAUACAAGUACUACUGUGAGCAGUGUCGCAGUAAACAGGAAGCGCAGAAGAGGAUGAGGGUGAAGAAGCUGCCGAUGAUCCUCGCCCUCCACCUGAAGCGCUUCAAGUACAUGGACCAGCUGCACCGCUACACCAAGCUGUCUUACCGCGUCGUCUUCCCGCUGGAGCUCCGCCUCUUCAACACGUCCGGCGACGCCACCAACCCCGAUCGCAUGUACGACCUGGUGGCCGUUGUCGUUCACUGUGGCAGCGGCCCCAACCGAGGUCACUACAUCACCAUCGUCAAGAGCCAUGGCUUCUGGCUGCUGUUUGACGACGACAUCGUGGAGAAAAUUGACGCGCAGGCGAUCGAGGAGUUCUAUGGACUGACGUCGGACAUUUCCAAGAACUCGGAGUCGGGAUACAUCCUGUUCUACCAGUCCAGAGACUGAACCAGCCAGCGGGGGGGAGGGGGAUCCUCAACAGACUGUCAAUCAACAGAGGGGGAGGGGCUACCGGCUACGCCCAGUACGCUCACAUAAGUAUCCAGGCGUUUAUUCCCCCUGUAGGCGGAGACUGGGCACCGGAUGGAGCGCUCCCGCUCCUGAUUGGUUGAGACAGAUUGCGGGGUGGCGUGGCAGCCUCCUGGAUUACCAUCCGUUCAAAUCCCCCCCGAGCCCAAACUGCGACAGAGCACCUUGACAAAAACCCCCAAGAUGGCCGAUUGUGUAACACUCGCUUUGCACUGUGGCGUCGGCUGCUGACGACUUGCGAGUGACGCCGAUCCACGAGGCUGACGCCGGCCCGUGUGCGCGGCGAUGCAGACGGACCAAUCAGCUGUUUCGUAGGAUGCCAGUCAUCCGAGUCGCGGUUUAGCGUUUCUUUUCCCCGUGUGCAUAUAACAACCUGCUAAAUUAGCUUCCCGCAGCGAGCGUGAGGCUAACGAAACGCUUCACAUUCACCAAAUAAACGCGUCCGCUAGCGAUUGGUUAGCUAACCUGAAAGUGUUAGCGACCGCAGCGAUGCUAGCCCCAGUGUUCUUUUCAUUAAACGGUGCUAACAACAGUGUUUUAACGGGCAGAACGAGGUGUGGAUGCGCCCGACAUACAUGGCUCUUACCCUUUAAUUUUGAAAGCUAAGUGAAAAUUUGAGAAAGUCAGCAUUUUCAGAAAGUGUAAUUUAAACAUUUACGACGACUGCUACGUUUGAUUUCGCGUUAAAUCUCCGUCGAGGUCGUUUAAGCCCAAAUAUGUUGUUGUUAAAACUAAAACAAUGAGCCUUAACGCUCACGGACAAUCUGGUUAGAUUAAAAAAUAUAUAGACGUAAAUUAGCUAAACAGUGAAAGUGGAAGUUGUAUUCACGGGUCACAUUUGGUGCCACCGCGGCAAAAAAAUAAGAAACCAAACGUGCUUCAGUAACAUGAACCGACUUUUCUUGGUCUUUUGCAGUUUGACUUUUCAAGGCUUGUUUAAUUUUUGGUGCAUUUUAAAAGCGUCACACAAAGAGACAAAUACUUUUUUUCUUUGUCACUACACACCAAAACCUGAAGUCUUUCUAAACUUUCUACUCGUCCUCCCCCGACUCGAACCUCCCGAUCAGCGACAUGUAUGUUUUUCGAACUAUGUACGAACACACUGCCGAGCUCCGCCCGACCAAGCUGCCUCUGAUUUAACGAACAAGCCCGCGCCGGCAGCAGAUGGAAAGUUGAGUGGAAGCCCGCUCGCUUCUCUCAUCUCUCUUGUUUAUAUUCCGCAGCAGCUUGAGUGGCCCUGGGCAGCAGGUCAAGUAUUAUAUGAAUGUUAAAAUGUACAGUAAAAAUAAAACUCGUGCUGCUGCUGCUCGACCUGUGAAACACUGUUUGGAUUCGGUCGCUCCGUGUCUCCUCAAAGCAUUUUCAAUAACAUCGUGUUGGAUUUACCAGCAGCCUCUUUUACAUCACGGCGUCUCGCGGUCCCUGAACGCAGCGUCUCAAAGGUCUUUUACAGGAGGAAGGUUAAAAAGCAUCCAUAGUGACCCAGGACUUUUUUUUACUUUUGGUUUUUCGACCGGAAGAACUAAACUCCUCUGGUGGAACCACGGGUCUUAAACAUCUCAGAUUGGUCUCGACUUACAACGCUUGGACAAUUCAUUUAUUUUUGUGAUGUUUAUUUACGUUACAAAUCUUAAAUUGGCUUCUUAGCUUAAAAUAAAACUUUAUAACGAAACGACCGAUUAUUGAUAGACUCUGUUAGGGUUUCCGAUCUGUUCCCUCCCUCUCUUCCUUUUUUUGCACAUGAUGGGAGUCAAUGACUGAAACGUUCCCGGGACGGUGAUCGUGGGCGAUGUGACGUUCAAAACAUUGUCGGUAAAUCCACAGACAUUUACAGCGUUUAAACAUUUGUCACUACAGCCGCAAAAGAGUCGCGUUCUCGAAGGUCUCGCGAACGACGGGAGGAGACGAUGAAACUUCAGUCAAAGUCAACACUAUGUAUCCUUUUCCACUAACCUUCGUAAUGGGACGAUGACGUGACACGUUUUUUUUUCCGGGGGUCGAUCCACUUUCACGAGGUCAGAAAUGAAACAAGUUAUAUAAUCCAGGCACCAGCAGAAUCUGUGGACUCCUUUAUAUCCACCGAAUGAUGUGUUCAAUUUUUAAGCCUUUAAAAAAAAAAAAAGGGAACAUUUCCUUCAUGCAUAGUAAAAAAAAUAAUUCAUAAACAUAAGCACAAAAA